AUGUUACACGUUAGAUUUAAAAAUUUAAAUACUUUAAUUAUUAUAAAUACCCAAUAACAAAUGUUUCCAUUAAAUUAUUUAUAUAGAAGAGCAAAGCCGAAAUUUCAGAACACAAAAUGAAUGACUGUGUGAUUAUUCCAGUACCAAAAAUAGACAAAGGACCUUCAGAUCCUGUAAACGCAAUUGGUGUUAUUGUAAAUCAAAGAAAUAACAUGAAUUGUAUAGGGACCCAGCAUGGAUUAUUAAAGAAUGGUUUGGAUCUGGAAAUUUGGAACUGGCCACAUCAAAUUUUAUUAAUGUUGAUCGAGUAA